AUGGCAAAUCUACUGAAAACAGUGUUGACUGGCUGUUCAUGCCCUUUAUUUAGCAAUUUGGGGUCCUGUAAGGUUCUACCUGGGAAGAAGGAUUUUUUACGGACAUUUCACACUCAUCAGGCACUGUGGUGUAAAGCCCCUGUAAAACCAGGAACUCCGUAUAAGCAAUUGACUGUUGGAGUCCCCAAGGAGAUUUUCCAAAAUGAGAAGCGAGUGGCAUUGUCUCCGGCUGGAGUUCAGUCCUUGGUCAAGCAGGGUUUUAAUGUUAUCGUGGAGUCAGGUGCUGGUGAAGCUUCCAAGUUCUCAGAUGAUCACUAUAGAGCAGCAGGUGCUCAAAUCCAAGGGACGAAGGAAGUGCUGGCUUCUGAUUUGGUGGUCAAGGUGCGGGCUCCCAUGGUUAAUCCAACAUUAGGUGUUCAUGAAGCUGACCUUUUAAAGGCAUCGGGAACACUGAUUAGUUUUAUAUACCCAGCCCAAAAUCCAGACUUGUUAAAUAAACUUUCUAAAAGAAAAACUACAGUUUUGGCAAUGGACCAGGUUCCAAGAGUCACAAUUGCUCAGGGAUAUGAUGCCCUAAGCUCCAUGGCCAACAUUGCUGGUUAUAAGGCUGUUGUACUAGCAGCAAAUCAUUUUGGACGGUUUUUCACUGGUCAGAUCACAGCUGCUGGAAAAGUACCUCCAGCUAAGGUUCUGAUAGUUGGUGGUGGAGUUGCUGGGCUUGCUUCUGCAGGUGCAGCAAAGUCAAUGGGUGCAAUUGUUCGAGGAUUUGAUACAAGAGCUGCAGCUUUGGAGCAGUUCAAGUCCCUUGGGGCUGAACCUUUGGAGGUGGACUUGAAAGAAUCUGGUGAGGGACAAGGAGGAUAUGCAAAAGAGAUGUCCAAAGAGUUCAUUGAAGCAGAAAUGAAACUCUUUGCUCAACAGUGCAAGGACGUAGACAUCCUUAUCAGCACAGCACUCAUUCCAGGUAAAAAAGCUCCAGUUUUAUUUAGUAAACAAAUGAUUGAGUCAAUGAAGGAAGGUUCAGUUGUUGUGGAUUUAGCUGCUGAGGCUGGCGGAAACUUUGAAACCACUAAGCCAGGCGAACUUUAUGUUCAUAAGGGAAUUACUCACAUAGGCUACACAGACCUUCCCAGCCGAAUGGCCACCCAGGCCAGCACUCUGUAUUCCAACAACAUCACCAAACUCCUCAAGGCCAUCAGCCCUGACAAAGAUCAUUUCUAUUUUGAAGUGAAAGAUGACUUUGACUUCGGUACAAUGGGACAUGUCAUUAGAGGAACUGUGGUGAUGAAGGAUGGUGAAGUGAUUUUCCCAGCUCCUACACCGAAAAAUAUUCCUCAAGGUGCCCCUGUAAAACAGAAGACAGUGGCUGAGCUGGAAGCUGAAAAAGCUGCUACUAUUACACCCUACAGGAAAACAAUGACAACAGCUUCUGCAUACACAGCAGGUCUCACUAGUAUGCUGGGAUUGGGCCUCGUGUCUCCCAAUUCAGCCUUUUCUCAGAUGGUGACCACGUUUGGCUUGGCCGGCAUUGUGGGUUACCAUACCGUUUGGGGAGUGACCCCAGCUCUCCACUCACCACUGAUGUCUGUGACUAAUGCAAUCUCAGGGUUGACUGCAGUUGGUGGGUUGGUACUGAUGGGAGGACAUUUCUAUCCUUCCACAACUUCUCAGGGCCUUGCUGCUCUUGCUGCAUUCAUAUCUUCAGUCAACAUUGCAGGUGGCUUUCUAGUGACUCAGAGAAUGCUGGACAUGUUCAAGCGUCCUACUGAUCCCCCAGAAUACAAUUACCUGUAUCUGCUCCCUGCUGGCACCUUUGUUGGAGGAUAUUUAGCUGCCCUUUAUAGUGGUUAUAACAUUGAACAAAUCAUGUACCUGGCCUCAGGUUUGUGUUGCGUUGGUGCGCUGGCCGGCCUCUCCACCCAGGGAACAGCCCGUCUUGGCAAUGCGUUGGGCAUGAUUGGGGUUGCUGGAGGCCUGGCAGCUACCCUUGGAGGUCUAAAACCCAGCCCAGAAUUGUUAGCUCAAAUGUCUGGAGCAAUGGCUUUGGGUGGCACGAUUGGCUUGACAAUUGCCAAGCGCAUCCAGAUUUCUGAUUUACCUCAGUUAGUUGCUGCUUUCCAUAGUUUGGUGGGUUUGGCAGCUGUGCUUACUUGCAUAGCUGAGUACAUUGUAGAAUAUCCACAUUUUGCUAUGGAUGCAGCAGCAAAUCUCACCAAGAUCGUGGCUUAUCUCGGUACUUACAUCGGUGGUGUUACCUUUAGUGGGUCUCUUGUUGCCUAUGGAAAAUUGCAGGGUAUUCUGAAAUCCGCUCCUCUCCUGCUCCCUGGAAGGCAUUUCCUCAAUGCAGGCUUGCUGGCUGGUAGUGUGGGCGGAAUAAUCCCAUUCAUGAUGGACCCAAGCUUUACCACAGGCAUUACCUGUCUGGGGUCUGUGUCAGCUCUCUCUGCUGUCAUGGGUGUGACUUUAACGGCUGCUAUUGGGGGUGCUGACAUGCCCGUGGUGAUCACAGUGCUGAACAGCUACUCCGGCUGGGCGUUAUGUGCAGAGGGCUUCCUGCUCAAUAACAACCUGCUGACCAUCGUCGGCGCGCUCAUUGGCUCCUCUGGUGCUAUCCUGUCCUACAUCAUGUGUGUGGCAAUGAAUCGUUCCCUGGCUAAUGUGAUUCUUGGAGGCUAUGGCACCACUUCAACAGCUGGUGGGAAACCCAUGGAAAUUUCUGGCACACAUACAGAAAUCAACCUUGACAAUGCAAUUGACAUGAUUCGAGAAGCUAAUAAUAUUAUUAUUACUCCAGGCUAUGGUCUCUGUGCAGCCAAAGCUCAGUACCCCAUUGCUGAUUUGGUUAAGAUGCUCAAUGAACAAGGCAAAAAAGUCAGGUUUGGAAUUCACCCAGUUGCCGGCCGGAUGCCUGGUCAGCUUAAUGUGCUGCUGGCUGAGGCUGGGGUGCCAUAUGAUAUUGUGUUGGAAAUGGAUGAGAUCAAUCAUGAUUUCCCAGACACUGAUUUGGUCCUUGUAAUUGGAGCUAAUGAUACUGUUAAUUCAGCAGCUCAAGAAGACCCCAACUCUAUUAUUGCAGGCAUGCCAGUCCUUGAGGUCUGGAAAUCAAAGCAGGUCAUUGUUAUGAAGAGGACUUUGGGUGUUGGCUAUGCUGCAGUGGACAAUCCCAUCUUCUACAAACCCAACACUGCCAUGCUUCUAGGCGAUGCCAAGAAGACAUGUGACGCGCUGCAGGCGAAAGUUAGAGAAUCCUAUCAGAAGUAAAUAUUAAAGAGCAAGCUGUUAUCUAACAAUGCCUCCUCUUCAGUUGUGUGAACAGGCAAACUAUUCAAUAUCCAUGCUGUAUACAUUUGUACUAAAGCUCUUGGAAGAAAAGGAAGACUUUGAAGAAAGCCAAACAAAUACAGGGAGAUUUUUCAAUAGAAGUGAUCCCCCAAUUUUAAGAAAGGAUCGAAAAUUCUGAAUAUCUUUUUGAGCAUAAUUUUUUAUGCCAGGAAUCAAAAAUAUUUUAUAAAAGGAGAAAAGAACAGUCUUAUUUUAGAUGUAAUCCAUUUGGGUUUUUUAAUUCUUCCUCAGCAUCCAGCUACUUUUAAAGAAAUUAAGUUUUUAGAAUUUCAGGGCUUGCAACUUGAGUCUGAAAAAUCGGACACAAUUAAACAUUACGUGCACCUGCAUUUGUUUAUGUUUUAUCACCAAAUGUGACUAAUUUUAUCAACUCCUGGCCUGUCCCUUUGCAAUUUCACCAUAGUUUGAAUUAACCAUAUCAAAUUGGUUUCAAUUUUUCAAACUGUACUUCAGAUUCUAGAUUUUGGGAUAAAUUUUAUCAUUUCUAUUUUAAUACAUUAAAAGGCUAAAUAAUCUUUCAGAGAUGCUGGAAACAAAUCACUCUCUUUGUAUGUUACAUUGCCAUACCAAUGAAAUAUAUAAUUGGCAAUCAGUGUUAGUUAUAUUUUAGAAAACUCCAUUUCCAUUAGGAGAUCUUUUUAAUUUCAAUCAAUUUGUGAUGUGCUGUUUCAUUAAUUGCACUUAAAUGGAAUUAAAAUAUUUAAUAAAAUGACUUCAUCAUGUUCACACAGUGAUGUAGCAAUUGUGUCUGGUGACAAAAAGCUGAAAUCAAAUAGCUCUGCCUGUUAUUAAUAUUGGGGAAAACCUGCUAUUAAGAAAUAGAUGAAUUGAUCGGUCUUAACUGUAUAUAAGAAUGGAUUUUUAAAAUGAGAGUACAUCUUGAGGUCUAGUGUAAUUGAUGACAUUUGAGAGAAAUGUCAGCACUUUGAUAGAUACCUCUUUGUAAAGAUCAAGUGUUUUUUUCAGUAGUGGUCUAGAUUUUCUUUGUGAUUUUGCUACUGUGCCAAAAGCUCUAUAGUGGUCGACUGUGUAAUGAAUACUUAGAGUAUCUGUCUCUCUGUAUAAUUAAUUUGGUACUAAUUUUCUCAAAAGAAUUGAACAAUAACAGAUACCAACUAUCGCUAAACCAGAAAAAGAAAUAACUGUUGCAGCAUUUUUUACUGUUAUGCUCAUGUAUGCUGAGUUUUCAGCUCACAGUAUCCACUGGUUUGGUAGUCACUUUUUAUUUUACUAUGCCUGAGAUUAACAUCAGUGUGUAUGUGUGUAUGUGUUUUAAGGUAGGAAAGACUCCUCAUUUUUAAAUGGUAAAUGCAAUUUGCUAAUGGAUCUCAGGUCACUAGUAACUUCAGGUCUUGAGUUUUUUCAUGUACAUUCUAUUGGAACAAAAUAAGUGUUUUUAUUCACAUUCUCUCAAAGUAGUUGUAAGUAUAGCUGGAAGGCAGCAAUUUGAAUUUUGUUGUUUUUUGAUAGCUGCUGCAUUCAAAUUGAACUAAACCUUGGAAUUAAUAGUUUGUUUUUAUCACUUAUAGUAAAUAUUUUUUCUCUGGA